CCACUUAUCACUGAACCUUUGUCGCUCUUAUCAGCAGGAUUUUUUAACCAACAAACAAGCACAUAAUUUAAAUUUAACCUCGUUAUAAUCAUUCCACAUCACCACACCCCGGCAUACGUACAUUUGCCACGAUUCACCGCAUAAUUCCGCAUAAUUCUGCGCAAAAAAUGAAAAAAUUCGCACUUCUUGGGCUCCUUUUAGCCUUAAAUUUCGCCCUGCACGUCUCCGCCAGAGCGCACCCUACCACCGUCACCUCUCCGGACGACGACGACUUCUUCAGCAAGGACGACGAUGACGAUUUCUUCAAAAGUGACACCGAAGAAGAAGACGACGAUGCACCCCCACCAAAGAAAAUUGACGAACGUACCCUCGGCGGAAGUGGAAGUGGUAGUCACGACCACUCUGGUCACGUGAAUCAACAACCCCCCGCAGCCCCAGCGGCAGCAAACAGCGACCCGAAAUCCGGCUUUUCCGGGGGAAACGUGGCCAACUAUAAUGAAACCUGCGACUCCAAAGCGUGUAAUACCGACCGGAACUUGAAAUGUGACCAGAGCAAGGCGAAACCAUGGAGGUGCACGUGCUUAGAUGGUCACGUGUAUGUCCGAAGUCAGGAAAAAUGCUACCCGACCCGAAGGGUGGAGGGCCAACGGUGCGAAUUUCACGAGCAGUGCCAAAACGGACCUUCCGGCCGGCUGAGCAGGUGUAAUCAUCAGAAGGGAAGUUGCGAAUGUUACGAUCACGACCUGGGCUGGAGGGAGGUCGUCCUGCACAAUCAGAUUUGCGUCGUUAAAAGGAAGGUGGGCGAGACGUGUGAAGCUGAUGCCGAAUGUGAGACGACGAUGAAGCAUAAUUCGUACUGUAGUCCCCCACCGACCGAGUCAGGGUGGACGAAUGGGUCGGAAAUUUGCCAGUGUAAGAAGGGAUACGUGUGGGAUAAUUUGUUGUCGGAGUGUUUAAAGAUUGCCGACAAGGGUCUGACCUUCGAUUGCAAAUCGUCCCAACAAUGUUUCGCCGGUCCGAUGGGGAACCUGUCGCAUUGCAAUCCAGACACGAAAAAGUGUGAAUGUUACGACCCCAAGAAUCCAGGGCCGGACAAUGUCCGCUACUACGAACCCCUGGGGUCCUGCUAUGAGAGGAAAGCGUGGAAUAUGACGUGCUCCAUUCAUGAAGAGUGUAAGGCUUCCUUAAGCAAAGAGGCAGAGUGUUUGGUGACGAAGGAUGACACGGGGUAUGGGGCCAUGAUCCUGACUUGUCAGUGUCCCCAGGGGAAGAAAUGUGCCCCUCUGGGAGAUGGAGGGGGUGUGGAAGCGUUGAAAUCGGUCAAUUCCUUGGUCGUGGGAAUGUUGUUAGUUUAUCGCUUUAUUAAAUGGUAGAUUGUUACAUAUUUUGUGUAAAGUGUAAUUUUUUUGGAAGUGAAAGUUUGAGAGCGAUUAAAAAAUUUUGGGAAAUUUA